AAUGCGCGGAAAGCAACCUCAAGUUCUUGGUUCGCAGUUUAGAACUAGCCGAAUUGCUAGAGGCCAUAGACUCUGCACUGUGGUAACUUUUACUCCAUACAAAGAGAAGGGCAAGAAGCGAGCCAAACCACAGAGGGUGGCAUUUCGACCAUAAUUGAAACAGCUUGUUUUGGUAGGCGCACUGAAGACAAUUCCAUCCGAGGACCCAGCUGCUGUGAUGGAAUGUAGGUAAAUGUGGGUCAAGAGUCCAAUAUUGUGUUGAUGCUCGCGCACGCGAGCUAAUAGGGUAGGCCCAUUAGUUCCGAGAAGCGAGGUUCCAGGCAGCUGGCAAUUUCUUUGGAGACUGUCUACUCCAUCACCAGAUAAUGUUACAGAGCUCACAUUGCCAAGCGCCUCUUGCCACCUGGCGCUUAGCUUUUCAAUUUGGGCAACACCAAUACCUUUGCUUCCGUUGCUUCUCCAAACGCGCAGUCUUAACUCCAUGAGCGGUACAUACGACCCUCUUAACCCUGCAUCACCAUCCCCCUUCGCAUCCUCGUCAUCAUUAGAGCCUCCUCCAUGGCCAACAACGCCUCACUUUCAUCAAAGAGAUUCCCCGACGUUUCCAAGACCAGCAACCCCUUCGCCACCUUCUCACAAUGACUCUGAUGCUAACACUAAAGAGCCGCAAAUAUAUGGCCAGCCAGAGCGAGGACUCAUCUCUCCAAAAGCAAACAAGUUGUCGAAUGGGGGUACCCUCGAGAAAACGGAUCCAUAUCUCCGCAUUCGUAUCACUGGUCUAGACCGAAAUCGAAGGGACAUUCUCAUAAGAUUCGAUGCGCAGACAAACUUAAGAAACUUCAGUGGCACAACUUUCCGAAAUAUAUCGCGCUCGUACGUGGAAUUUCAGAAGCUGGCAGAACAGCUUGUAUUCUGCAACCCUCAAACAAUUGUUCCCGCACUCCCUCUUCCACAAACAUCUGCUCCGUCCGAUGAAGAAGACGACCGGCUCGUGAAGGUUAUGCUGCAACGAUGGCUUACUCGGGUUUGUGACGACCCAGUCCUGAUUAGUGAUGAGGACGUUCGCUCGUUUGUUGAAAGUGAUUUCGGGUAUCAACCCACCGUACGACCGAGACGAAAGACCACCUCUUCCUUUAGUCUUCUGAAACGCAGUGUGCCGGACGAAGACGAGGAACUGCUUACUGCCCGAUUUGAGCUCGUGCGACUGGAAACUCAAUUCAUUGAGGCUGCAAAAGCUGUUGACAAAUUAGCCCGUGCUAGGAAAGCACUCGCUCAAGCUCAUACCGAAUUGGGCAGCAAGUUCAUAGGCGUUGCCACGGCAGAAACCCAUCCGCAAUUAGCGGCUGGGAUGCGGAAACUCGGACGAGCAUUGCAUGUGCUAGGUGAUAACGAGAGCGCCGAGGGAACAAGCGAGACAGUAAUACUGGGGGAUUCGCUUGGUUACCAAGGAAUGAAUGCCAAGUCAGCCAAGGAAACUCUUCAACAACGCAGUAUGGCACUUGAGGAGCAUCAGACGGCCGUGAAGACUGCCAUAAGCAAACGGCGACAAAUUGAGCGAUUGAAAGCGAGUACAAAUAUUCGACCGGAAAGGGUUGACGAAGCUGUUGAGGAACUCAAAGAGGCAUCUCAAAUCGAGGAGAUCCUCACGAAGCGUGUGCAAGGGAUCUCUGAGAAUCUCCACAAAGCUCUAAUCACACAUUCCCGUCACACCCAUGAAGAUGUAACCGCUAGUCUCAUUGAGCACGCCCGGACAACCUUGAUGUACGAACGCAUCGCUCGAAAAGAAUUUGAUGCAGUCAGAAACGAAGUAAAGAUGGUGAAUCAACCUCGCUCCGCCUUGCCAUCCGGUCCUGCACCUCGACAAAGCCCAAUUUCACCUCACCCAACAGCUCUACCACGGUCACCGGCUUUGCGACACUCGCAGUCUGAAGCAUCCGUUACAACCAUCGAUUCUCGCGUUCAGCGAGACGGUCCGUACGAAAAGGGUCAAUUGUCAGGCCCACCAGCGUCGGCACCACCGGGAUCGCUUCCGGCUAGUCCAACAAAAGGUUACAAGUCUGUCAUUAUCUCGCCCUCCCGGCCUAAUGACUCCCCUGUUGAUCCUCUGUUGGGCACCCCGGCACAAAGCCCAAUAACACCGAGUACUCCAGGAGGACGGGCUAAUAUGACGCGUUCGAUGUUCAUUCAGCCUCAGCGCGGCCGUAUCGACGAGCGAGAGGCGGCGCGCAAACUCGCGAAUUUUUUGUAAAUAUUUGUGUAUUGAGCUCUUACAUUCGCAGAAGAUAGAGAAUAGCAGCUUCAUGCCAUUGUUAUUAAUUUAGUGUGUAUGACGGUAGUCUACGGGAGGUUCUAUGGGAGG